AUUUCUUUAUACAGACUAGGUGAAGAAUGUGAUGAUGGGAUUCUAAAAAAAGAGCUGGACUUAGCAUCUAAAUCUAUGUUGAUUUUUGGGAAGAAUGUCUUAUUGGCAACACAGAAACUCAACAUUCAGCCAAAUUUUCAGAAACACCAAGAGGACUUAAUCAUUUCUGCACAGAAUGUUCUACUAGGAACCCUGAAGAUACUCCAGCUAGAAGAUGAUGCAGCAGUAAGGAAGAUUUUUCAAGCUACAGACUGGCUUCUGGAUUGUUUAACAUUUCUACAAGCAGCUGAAAACAUGUCAAAUCUGCUCAUUUCUUUCCGGGAAUUUGCAGAAGCAAUGCUCUUGGUUAAUACUUUGACCGAAAGAAGAAUUCUUGAGCUUAAACAUUCGCUACAUCAGGAACAUUUAUCACAAACACUUCAGAAUCUUAAAAAAUGUGUUCCGAUGUUAUACACAGCAAUACAGAGUGAUAUGAUGCAUCCACAGAAUGACCAAAUACUUGCUUCAAAAUGGUAUAUAUUUGACUUAGCUGCAAAAACAGUCGAAGAACUGAGGCUUAUACUGACCAAUGGGACGAUCAAACAAGAGCAGCUGAAGACAGAAGGAACAUUUUCUCAGCAGAUGUGUCAUUUACUUGAGAUCCUAACCAAUCCAAAACCUACUCGUUUGCACAACUCUGACUUGGAUUUCCUUGCUGGAGGCAUAGUUUUUUACUCUAUGUUUGUAGCAGAUUGUUCACGACCAGCUAUAAAAUUAAGGCUAGUCCAACAUUGUCAACAACUUUUGGAACUUAGAAAAGAUAUAUCUGACCAAUUAAACGACUGUCUACCCGAAGGACCAUGCCAACGGACAAUGCAACACAAACUAGAGCAGAUAUCCAACAAGAUGAAAGCUGAGAUGGUCAAUCUAAAUCAGACUUUGGUCUCAGCAAUUUUCUAUCAGUUUCUAGAUGCUUUUACUGGUUCCCAUGAUACCUUAAAAAGGCUUCUAAAAUCUAUAAUGAAGAACAAUAAAAAGUCAGGCUUUCAUUCUCAAAGCCUCUUUGGUUCAAAAGCCCUUCCAAUUCUUCUUCAGUCCUUUCAAAACCACACAGAGAAGUUAUUAAAAGUAGCAGGUCUUGUUUUAGCAAAAUGUCCCCAUGAUAGCAUUAUUAAAGAAAUACAAAAUUCUACAAAUGCUUUGUGCACAGUACGGGAUGCAGUGAUUGGUUUUGUUUUAGACAACAAAGUGCAUUAUGAAACGAAAUUCUUUGAAAAGGCUCAGUCCAUAUAUCAAAGAUGGACUCAGGCUACAGAAAGCUUAUUGGCCAGUCUUGAUGGAAUUGUGACUGUCCAUGAAUUCCUAGAUCUGUGUAUACAUGAGAUAGAGGACAAGAUACGUGGCUGUGAAAAGUCAUUUAGGAAGAAUGAAGUAGAAGCAUUUCACAAGCAAGCUGAUGAUAUAUGCAGCCUAACAAAACAUGUUGUUCAGUUUACUAAUAGAUACAUUGAUCAAAGCAAGGAUCCAGUUUUUAGAAAUGGCUUGAGAGUUUUUGUACGCCAGUUGGAAUUCUCUCUGCUGGAAACAAAAAAAUCCAUAAAUAAGUGUACAGAAGAGCUUUUGUGUGUAAAGGCUCACAAGGUGUUCUUAGACAAAAUGAAACAUUUGCUUGACAACAUCUACAAAGUGCAAGAGGGAGUCAGUGGCUAUAAGCAUCCAGACUUACUGAGUCCCUUAAGAACUGAAGUUCAUCCAGUUGCGGAGAAACGAAAAAGUAUUGCUUUCAGUGAAGCUGAGGAUCUGCAGGAAGAAAUUGAGAAAACUGAUAAUGAAUACAAUGAUUAUUUACCUCCCCUUGAAAGCUAUUUAAGCAAGCCUCUUCCUAUAAGGGCUCCAUCAAAACAUGCAAAUAAUUUAGACUCUAUUAACAAAAUUCCUUUAAGUUUACAACCAGAAACAAACAAACUCAUAUUAGCAAUAAAGACAAAUGAUCUGGAAAAGAUUUCUAAAUAUUGUUCUUCUUUAAAUGAAAUUGCAAACUCUUAUAUUGAACUAGCCAAGGUGUCCGUCCCGUUUGUGGAUCCAGUUGCAUCCAAGACGUUGGCAAAGUACAAAGAUAUCGAACACCUUAUCCCAUACUUUGCUCAGUUUAACCAAGAGGUAACAACCAAAGGGAAUUUAAGCAUGGAUAAACUUAUCCAGACUGCUAUUUUUGUUUCACAUAAUUUGGAAGAAAUAAAAAAUUGUCUUAUAGCAUCAGCCUAUUAUUGGUAUACCUUUUCCUAUCAAUCAUUUUGCUCAUCAGCUAAGGCAGGUAUUCCAUGCAACAUGGAAAUAUUUAACAGAACGAUGCAGAGUUUGGCUUCAAUUGUCCAGUUAGUAAACCAAAAUUCUGGUCGGAGUGAUGACAAAAUGGGGGCAGUUUCUGGAAAACACGAACAUCUUGCUAAAAUUCAGAUUCUAAUGACAAAGGCCCAAAUAAGGGCAAACCAACUCCUUUGUAAAGCAGGGUUUGAUAGUUUUCUAUCGGAUAAAAGUAAUCUGGAACAUAGUUGCCUUCAGUGGUCCUUGACUGUCCAACAUUUACUCAAACACAUUGACGAUUUCAUGCAGUUUGAUAGUUUAUUUAUGUCUGAACCUAUAGCUUUAACUAAAAAAAAUAUUGCCAGUAGCAAAAGCUUUGUACAGCUUUGUGAAACAUCCUUGUGGCUUCAAGAAGCUGCAGCAUUGUGUUUUCCUUUGUGCAUGGAAGGGAGUUUGGAGAAUAAUAUUGGUUUUCUAAAGGAAGACCUGGGAUCGCUGAGAGAGUCUAUCCUAAAAAUAAGAGAUGACCUUAACAGUUCCACUAAUCCUGCCUCUAGUUUGUUGGUGGACUAUGCUCUCAUUCAAAGACAGCUGAUUCUGAAGAUGAAAUUACUAGUCUAUCACCUAAGAAACAACUUCAAGAAAAAAUGUGGCUUGGUGCAAAGUUUAGUGGACUUUGUUGUGCCAGCUCCUAUCAAACAGGGGAAUGAAGAUAAAGUUAUAGCAGUAAAAUUUGCAAAGGAUUCGUGUCUUCUUGUUGAAAAUAUGAAACUCGUAAAAAAUGCUCUUCAUACAAAAAGUGAAGAAUCAAUGUUUUUGGUAGAACAUCUGACUUUUCUUACUUAUGAUGUUGUGACAAAAGCUGGGGAACUUCUGGAGCAUCAUCAGCAAUGGGAGAGUUUUAGGCUAGAGGUUAUGUCACUGAACUGGACAGCAAAGGUCCAGCAAUUAAUUCUACAUCUUCAAUCCAAUGCACAAAUAGAUCCCACAACAGUCACAUUUAUUAGGCAAUGUUUACAAAUCAAUUCAGACCCAGAAUUUCUAAUAAACGGGAAGUUGAUUUCACUUGAAAAUGAAAAACAAAACGGUGUAUCUUUAACUUCAGCAAAUACUGACGUACUGACGCAACCGGCGGUCUUGGAAGAAAAUGAAAACGCUUCCAGAGAUAAAAACCACAAUAUUAAUUGGGAACUAAUCAAUACACUUUAUGAAGAGACUACAGUUUGUGGCAAAACUAAUGACUAUAUUGAGUCUAUUAUUGAUGAAAAGAAUGCCACCCUUGGGGCAGGGCAAAAAAAGGUGAAAGGAACACAGCAUGAGGCCAAGGAACAACAUUUGAUUCAGGGUGGAUCCAAAAUGCUUUAUGAGAAGGAAACUGAAUUAAAAGGCAUGAAGGUCCAGCAGGAUAAUGAAAAUGUAAAACCAUUUCAGGCACCCAGUAGUCAAAACAAGCAAACAAUCAUCAAUAAGGAAACAAACAAUGCUUUCCCUGAAAAUUAUUUUGAAGAGGGGCAGAAAUAUGAAGCCGAUAAAGAACAGGACGUAGCCAGUCAGAAUAUAUCUGUUGUAGUUGAUGGGGAGCAACAAUAUUCUGCAAAUGAAAAACUCAUUGUAGUCCCUAAGCAAUGUGAACAUGCUGUAGAUAAUGAGAUGAUGGAAGCAUCCCUGUGUAGUGAGCAACCUAUAAAUAUACCUGUCUUGUCAGCAUCUCAAAAACUGCAUGGUACCAUAGCCAGUGGGAUCAUUCCAGAGGGUAGUGAUGCAAAGCCACUAGCAGAAUUCCAUGAAACAAAGAAAACAAUUGCUGCAAGCCUAGCACCAAAGAAUUGGAAAGCUAAUGACAUAAAAACAGAGAGUGGGAAUGGGAAGCCACAUGUUACCUGCAGUGAGCCACUAAAAAGCACUGCUGUUCUAGCACCAAAGACUUGGCAAGCUAAUGACAUAAAGACAGAGAGUGGGAAUGGGAAGCCACAUGUUACCUGCAGUGAGCCACUAAAAAGCACUGCUGUUCUAGCACCAAAGACUUGGCAAGCUAAUGACAUAAAGACAGAGAGUGAGAAUGGGAAGCCACACGUUGCCUGCAGUGAGCCACUAAAAAGCACUGCUGUUCUAGCACCAAGGAAGUGGCAAAGAUCAACAUCCAAUAAAAUAUUGCCAGAGACUGACAAUAAGAAACUGCAACCUAAAUGCAAUGAACAGAAGAUAAACAUGACUGCCAGUGCUGCAGCCCAGAAGGUAGAAAACAGAAAAUUAUCAGAGCCUGGAACAGGGCAGAAAAUAAAAUUCUCUGCCACUAUAAAACCAAAACAGGUAUUUAUUUGCAUUCUGUUUUAG